AAAUAAUUACAGCUAAGCUUCCAAGCGCCAAUUACUCAAAAUAUCAACAAUACAGCACCUAAUAUCGAAAUAAUUACUCCUUGUUCAUUCGAAUAUUUUAUCUUCAGCUCUUAGAGAACAUGAUCAUUUAUAGUUACUUUUAUUAGUUAUAUCUGUGAAAAUUCAGAAUCUGUAAAAAUGUCGGAACAAGGCAGUGUGUUUGUGUACAACGUACGCGGCCUCGUCGAAAGUGGCUACGACUUCGACGGCGACGACCUGAGCGUCAGUUACUGCUACACAUUCGGACAAGACUGGCAACUGGUAGCGGGGCUGGAGGAAGGAGUCUCUCAGGUUACACGUCUCGGCUUCGGCCCAGAUCGGCACUUUGUAUGGAACUUCCCUCUGGACGUUACCUUCUCUUCGACUAAUCCAUAUGGAUGGCCUCAGUUGGUUCUGUACGUUUACGGGAAAGACUUUUUCGGCACGGACAUCGUACGUGGUUACUCAGCCGUUCAUAUGCCCAUCUGUCCGGGGCAACACGCACGCAGGUUGGACUGCUUCGUACCGUCAUCAGCAUCGCUGCUGCAGAGGGCGAUCGCUUGGCUCACCGGCAACACGCCUGAGUUCCUCGACCCGAAGAUGGUGGCUCAAGCCCGAGGCCGAGAAGUUACACGAGUUGAGUCGCAAGGACACAUUAACGUGACUUUCAACGUAACAAUGAAGGAUUUGGGCAAACUUGGCUACGACUGCGGGGUGGUGUCACUGGGUUCCUUAACCACCAGUGCACUGUUAGCUGCUGUUCUGGAGGCUCGUGGAGUAAAUUCAACUGCAGAACUAAAAUCAGGAAACAACGCCAAGAAAAUAUCUGCUGGUCGAGGAACGGCAGAAGAAAAAGAUGACAACUCGGAGACAGGGAAACGAUCGAAGGAGAAAAACAAAGGGUAUUUUGAUACGAACGAACAGGCGACUAGGAGGAGAGGCUUGUUCGCUCAGUAUCCGUCUGGAAGUUCAGAGAAUAAAGUGCAGGAUCGUGGUCUUGUGAUGGUAAGUGGGAAAAGAUUUAAUGACUCAGCCGAGGCGAGCACGUCAGGAGUGCGCAAAUCCGAGAUUAGUUCAACAGCGAUUGUACACGCUGAAAGUUCCUCACAUGGACUGACUGUUGAAGACGCCACGGACGAGGAUACGAGCUCAGACGACACGGACGACAGUCAAGCUAAACUACACAAGGAAAGUGCAUCGAAGAUGAGAGGAAUCGAUAACCUUUCACAUGACUGGAACAAUCCCGACCGCGAAACCUCGCAACCAUCCUCCAGAAGAAAAUCUUCGAAAUCUAAGUCGCGGCAAUCAAGUCCCGAAAAAGAAUCCAGCGCAAGAAAAUCAAACGAAUCUGGAGUGGUGUUUUCGAAAGAGUCUGGUAUCAAAUUCGUCUCCUCGCCAGAGGACAACGUCAGGAAAAACAAAGGUGUCACUGCGAAGACCACGCGAAGGGCAAGCACCGAACAGUUGAGCAGUCGCAAAGAGACAUCCGACACCGUAGCGUUGGAGUUAAGCAAGCCUCGCAAGUUGAGUGCUAGCGCUAUUCCAGAUAAUCCAGCGACUGGAAUCACCACUUUGUUUUCAGCGAGCAGAAAUGCGCCUCAACCUCUUGCACGCAAACAAGUCCUCCAACCCAUUGCUCUGAAGAAACCACUCCCUAGAAUCGAAGACGAUGGGUGAAUAAUCAUAAUUCGACUUUUUGUAUAAAGACUAUUUGAAUAAAUACGAAAGCUCACAUGAUAAAUCUAAGAAAUUAUGUACGACGUGCAAACGGUCUCUUGCCCUCAUUUUAAAUUUUAUCUAAAUUAAUUUAUAAGGUGGCCAAUGUCACAGUAAGUAAAGGUUUAUAUUUCAUCAAUCUCUUGACAUAUUUCUUCUGCGUGUACAAGCCCUUAAUACCAAAUUUUUUUUCAAAUUUUGAAGUGGGAAUUUCGACGCCGACGAGUAAUUUGUUGUAUGACUUCGAGGCAAGGGUAGGUGGUCAAAAAAUUUAAUUUUACAAGUUAAUUUACUUGUAACAAGGAAAUGAACAAAUGCAUAUCAUUGAGUACACGCUAAGUUUUUCAAAAUUACAACGCCUGAUGAAUACUAGAGAAUUACAAGAGAGUUUGGGAGAUUGUCUUCGUGAACUUUCAUCGCACUGAACUCCUAGGAGGUCUUUUGUAUGCAAAUUCACAUCAUUAUAUUGAGAAGUAAAUAGUAUCGUAAAAGUAAAAAAUAUGUAAUUUUCAACUGCUCGGAAAGUUUU